AUGGCUCUUGGGUGGAUCACGAACCUGUUCAUCCCAAAGCUGACCGACGGCACCUUUCUUGUUGAUACGGAGCAUGCAACCGGGUACCAGACGUCGCAUGUUGCUGCGGACCUCGCCUAUCGCUCUGUUCUCGAGGCUCUCCACGAGUUUGGAGAUAUUCUGCCUACGCGGAGACGAUCUGAGAGACAAGGUGACCUCGAGGCCGGCGCGAUGCCUGGUGCGUCUGGCGCCGACUUCCACAUGUUCCGCAUCGCAAGCAUGAACAUCUCAACUCUCCAAUCAGUAGGCAGAAUCAAAAUCGAGUGGACCAGCUCAUUUGCCAGUCACCUCGACUUUGACCCCGCACGCCUCGACGAGAAUACGGGGGAAGCUACUCCCAUCCUCAAGCUCUUUCGCUACCCGAGCCUCUGUUAUCUUUACAUGACAGAGUCGUCUCUACUGAACCGGCUGCUGGAAAACUGGUACGCGGAGGACGAGAAGCCCGUGCGCUUCACGACAAUGGCCCUGAUGCAUGAAAUUCGACUCUCCUGA